AUGUCAAUUUCAUCGGAUGAUUCGUUGUUCGACGACGAUGAUAACGUUGUAGUCGAGGAACAGGAGGACAUUGACUAUUAUGCGGUUUUGAAUCUGCCAACUGAUGUAAGUUGUUUCUUGUUUAUUUCUUUACGUUUAGGCUACAACUGACGAAGUGAACAAAGCAUACAAGGCACGAUGUUUAUUGUUUCAUCCAGAUCGGCACACCGACCCAAAAUCAAAGAAAGAUGCUGAAAAAGUGUUUGUUGUUCUUCGGAAAGCACACGAAAGUAUGACUUACGUAAUAUUUAACUAAUGUUUGGUUAAAAAUGUCAAAAUAUUUUAGUUUUUAGCUCCAUGAGUCUCAUGAACUUAUUUUAGCUUUAUCGGAUCCUCAGAAACGUGCUAUUUAUGAUGCUGUUGGACUACGAGGUCUGGAAAUGCGUGGAUGGCAGCUGGUGUCGAAGUCAAACAAUGUAGAGAAUAUUAGAAAAGAGUAUGAGUUUUUGAAGAAGCUCAGGGAAACUGAAAUAAUGCUGCAAAGAUCACAUCCUACAGGAUCUUUCCAUGUCAGAGUUAAUGCUGCUGGAUUGUUUUGUGAAGGCCCAGAAGAUCGUUACCCGCCGUACCUGGUGGGAAUGACAUUGAAUCAGUCUGUAGAUACAGCGUUGACGACUGUUGACAGAGUUGGGUUAUCUGGGAGAGUAAAGUCGAGCAAUGGUCGUGGAGAAGGUUUAGUUUCGGCCAAUUGGAAACGAUCGUUGAGCUCGUCUUUGCAUUUUGAAGUAAGGUUUUUUAAUGAUGAAUAACAAUGUUUACUGACACUAUUAUCAAAUUUUUCUUAUUUAAUAAUUUAAAUUUUAUUAUUUAUGCCUUACAUUUAUUAUCCUUUAGACAAACGCCUCAGUAGGUCCAGAUUCAAUAGCAACUGUAGUCAAAUUGAGCAAAACGAUUACGCCGAAAGUGAUGGUACAACUGGCACCAACUGUUCAAUAUGUUCCUAUGUCUGGGGAUUUUGACCUUUCUAUGGCAUCGAGUAUGCUUAUUUUUAUAUGGGUUGCUUUCAACAAUGGCAAUGUGUGUUUAAAUACUAUUUUCAGCCAUUUCAAUGUUUUUGUCUCCAAGUUGGCAAGGCUCUCUCUCACUUAGCUAUGGGCUUAAGAAUUCCUACAUUUCUUCGACCAUCAUGAAGACUGAGUUAAAUCACCCCAAGUUUUCCUUAAGUCUUACGGUUUGUUUUAUCUAUAUUAUUUUAGUAUACUAAUUUUAUACUUGAAUUGGUAUUUGAAUGUUCAACAAAUUAUUUUAGCUUUCACCAGCCAAUUCUUUUAUAAGAACUUCAUACCAUAAAAGAUAUAUUGAAGAUGAUGGUCAUCUGGAGAUGAAUAUGACGUUAAGCCCAUUUGGAGUUGUACCUUCUAUUUUGUACGAAAGGAAGUUGUCACGGUAUUCAAAGAUUGCGUGCGGAUUGUCAGUGACAUACCCUACUUACAAUUUAAUUGCCAAGUUGAGGUAGGUUUUCUUUAAAUUUUUUGCGAACUAAUUUGAAGUUUUUUUUGUCAGCAGUUUAAUUACACAUAGUUUAGUUGAUUUGACGCUAUACAAAAAUUAAGGGUUUAAUAUUCAAUUUUUUUAAGAUUAAAGACUAGUUUGAACCAUUAUGAACUCAAUAUUGUAUUAUGCGAAUCUCCGGAUGAAAUGGCCAGAAGUGUCAUCUACGGUGUUGCUCUGCCGUAUAUCACCUUCCAGACGGUGCGGAUUGUAUUCAGAAAGACGUUUAAUAGAUUUGGCAGAUUGUUUGACGAUUCGGCCGUGGAAGAUCAGGUGGAUGAGACCAAGAGGGAGGAGUCUCAACGUGUUAUUAAUCUCACUAGACCAAUGGCCGAACGAAUCCAACGUGUAGAAGAACAGAAACAUGGUCUUAUUAUUGUGGAAGCUACUUAUGGCCAGAUGGAAGGUGGAGAUUCUAGAUAUCCGGUGCCAGGAGAAAAGGUCAUUGAUGUCGUUGUCCCGUUGCAAGCAAUGGUAGUGGAAAGCCAGCUGCGGAUAUUUGCUGUCAAGGUGUGUUUUUGGUAUUUGUUAUGAUUGGUCAUGUUUGUCAUCAUCUUCAUGACUUAAAACUAUAUUUUUUGGUUUUUCUGUUAAAUUAUUGUCUUUUAUCAGUUGUAAAAUUAAAUAAAAGAGUUUUAUUAAUUUAAAUUUCAGAGUCAGUUGACUGGGUUCUUUGACCCUUGUCCUAACGAACCCAAAAUGCUCAAAGUUGUCUACAAGUUCAGAGACAAUCUUCACGCGGUGAUUAUUCCAAAUGAGCUUCCAUUAAACAUCCCAUUGGAAUGUGAGUCCUUUCGAUUAUAUUUUAAAAAACUGGACGCCUUUAUUUUAUCUUACUUCAUAGUUAUUUUGACUUUAUGUGAGUCAUUUCAACUUUCAGUUUAACAAUUUAUACUAAUUGAAUUAAUUUCAGCUCAUCGCAUUUCUCAAUAA